CUUUUGCUCUGGGCUCUAAGCUCACCUCUUCAUAUGCGCGUCAGGAGCUUACUACUAUUGUACGGUUCAUAAUGUACUCUGCGUUAGCCGCAGCAGCCCGCACACAUAGACACCUGGCAGUUCGGCUCUCGAUUCCUGCUGGUCCCAAAGUGCCAUUCCAUCCAUCUGAACCUUGCAACCUCGCACACGUAACGCAGCUAAGCAUCCUCAUCGUGUCUUUCGUGGCGGGCCGGGCGCUCGAGAGGAUUCGCUUCAAAUGGAUGGGCGAGGCCGGCGCGGCGCUGCUGCUGGGCCUGGUGGUGGGGCUCAUCAUGAAGGCGGCGCAUGUGGGCCACACGCUGGCGGAGAGUGUGGAGUUUAGGGGCGAGAUAUUCUUCUAUGUGCUGCUGCCCACGAUCAUGUUUGACGCGGGUUACGGCCUGGACGCAAAAGUGUUUCUGAGGAACGUGGGCAGCGUGUGCUCCUUCGCCUUCCUGGGCACCACCAUCUCCACCUUUGUUGUGGGACUCAUCAUGUGGGGCUUCGGGCGGCAGGGCUGGUGCUACCAGAUGACGCUGCUGGAGAACCUCACCUUUGGGGCGCUCAUCAGCGCCACCGACCCGGUGACGGUGCUGGCUGUGUUCCAGCGCCUGGGCGCGCAGCCCGACCUGUACAUGAACGUGUUCGGAGAGUCCGUGCUCAACGACGCGGUGGGCCUGGUGCUGUUCCAGGUGAUCACCAAGUUCCUGGAGGGCAAGGCCGUGACCGGGCCCAACGUCAUGGCGGGCAUUGGUCUAUUCAUUGGCAUCUUCGCCGCCUCGGUCGCCAUUGGUCUGGCGGUAGGCUUCCUGGCGUCUCUUAUCUUCAGGUCGCGCUUCUUCUACUCGGGCGCCAUUCACGACCCCGUCACGGGCAAGCUGGUGACGCCGGCGGGUAACAGCGUUUUCGAGGUGGGUGUGGCCGUCACGUUCGCUUACGCCUCCUACCUGGUGGCGGACGUGGCGCACUGCAGCGGCAUCGUGGCGGUGGUCACAAACGGCAUGGUGAUGAACCUGUACGUGCGCCCCAACCUGAGCCACGAAGCGGAGAUCAAGAUUGAGUACCUGUUCAAAGUCCUGGCCGCCCUUUUUGAACUGUUCGUGUUCUGCUACAUCGGCAGCACGUUGUUCCUGGGCCCACAGCACUACAACGUGUGGAGCUACACGGCGCUGUGCCUCAUCGCGCUGGCCGCCUCCCGCGCCGCGAACAUCUACCCGCUGUCGCUGCUGUGCAACCUGCUGCGGCCCAUUGAGCGGCGCAUCACGCAGAAGGAGCAGUUCAUGAUGUGGUGGAGCGGCCUACGUGGGGCCAUGGCCUUCGCCCUGGCGGUGGAGGCGUCGGAGAGCUACGGCGAGGCCGGGCAGGUCAUGAAGACGGUGACCUUCUACCUCAUCUUCAUCACCGUGCUGUGGAACGGCGGCUCGGCGUCCUACCUGCUGGAGGUGCUGCGGCUGCGCGCCACAGACCCGCUGCCCAACAAGUACGCCCGCGCCCAGGCCGCCAAACACGAGGCCGACGUGGCGGCCAGCCGCGCCGUCGCCGACCUGCAGCGCGCCUCCGCCGCCCUGGAGCGCGGGACGCAGGAGCUGGGCGUCAGGGUGAAGCAGGAGCAGCAGGUGAAGGCCCACGCCAAGGCCGGCGCGUCCUUUGAGCACAAGAGUGAUGAAAGCAGCGGCAGUGGCAGCGGGAGCGGGAGCACGGAUGGCGUGGCGAAUCCGGGGAGUGGUGCUGCUGCGCCUUCCGCCGCCACAAGUGCAGCCGCUGUGGUGGCGGGGGGCGCAGCUGCCGGGGUGUCGGCGGCCGCUGCGCUGCCGGAGGCGGGAGCGCCGCAGGUAGAUGUGGCAGACAGGCGGAUAAAGCGCGGCUCGACGCCGGCCGCUGCUGCUGCGGCGGCGGCUGCGGCUACGGCGGCUGCCGUGCCUGUGCCCGAGGUGGAGAUGGAGCUGGCGGGCAUCCAGGCAGAUCUGGAGAAGGGUCGCUUCGCGCGCGUCAGUCGCAGCCUGGUCGACAUGCGGCAGGGGCCCGAUGACCCCUUCGCCGCAACCGCCGCGAUCGCCAUCGCAAGCCCGCCCCCGGCAAGCACGACCGCUCACGGGUACGCCAUCCCAGGGCGUCACGUCGGCGGCGCCAACGGCGCCAACGGCGGCCGCCCGCUCAGCGCCAGUGGCGCCGCCGGCACCGGCUCCAUGAAGCGCACAGGCUCGUUGCUGCAGCGGCUGCAGUCCAUCAACGACGGCCAUCGCAUUCUCGGCGGCUUCGACCGCGUGCACAGCAAGCUGACCAAGCUGCUGGUGCACCCCCGGGCGCUCCAUGAGCACGAGGCCGCCUCACCCAGCGCCCUAGGCCAUGCGCUCGCACACGCCGCCUCGGCGGCACCGGCGCUGUCGCACGCCCCCUCCGCGCCGCCGCCGCUCUCGCCCGCUGCUGGGUCGGCCGCGGCCGCGGCGGGAGGCAGCCCGCCCCCCGCCAGCGGCACCGGGGCCAGCGGCAGCAGCGGCUCCACCAGCGGGGGCGCGGCGCUGGCUAGGCAGGUGUCGGCGCCGCCUGUGCAGCUGGACGGCGGCCCGCGCAGCAGCGGUUCCCCGCUCGGAGCAGCACCGGCGCCGGCGGCGGCGCAGCCGGCAUCCCUGGCGCCGGUGCACGAGCGUGCGUCGGUGCCGGAGGACCAGUAGUGGAGGACGUUGUGGCGACGGGGCGCUCAGCGCUGACGCGGAGCAUGCGUGUGGGCGGGGUCGCUCCGCUGUGGUCGACUUGCUUGUCGUCUGCGGCGGGAAAGGGGCUGGAAUGCAGCAGCAAUAGCACUGGGUGUCACGGUGUGUGGUAGUACUGUAUUUAUUGCUGUUUGCUUUGAUGCCUGUUCUGGUUGUGCUUGACAGCGGGACGUGGCUGGACACAUGGCGGGCGGUUGAGAUCUAGGACAAGCAAGAGUAGAGGGGACACAUGGGGGGCGGUGCCCGUACAAACCAACCCCGGCUAUCGGAGAAUGGUGGCGGGGGCAGGGAGAUUAGGUAGAUGCUUACGGCUUCAGACGGGAGAUUUGGCGUGGGCGCAGCCCACUUAAGUUUUGAGAAGGAGAACCAGUUUAGUCCCCUGCCACCGAGAGGUCUCCAUUGGCAGGUCAGAACCAAGCGCGGCCCACCCCUUAGUGAGGCCGGUAUCAGACCCGGUAAGGCCUUCCUCUAUUCUUGUUUGUUUCUGUGGUUGUGCACAUGUUCUGUUUAUGAUGAUUUCGUGGACACAGGAAUAGGGACCAGGGCUUGGGGGCAUCGAAGCGACAAGUGACCGGCACCGGUAGCACAGGACUAGGGCAUGAUCCAACAGACGAGGGGUUGCCGUGCCAGUGUUGCGCACCUUGGUUGCACACUGCAGCGCUGCAGGGACUGCCGUCGCGUAUUUGCGGCGGCGCCGCGGCAGGUAGUGUAGGGCGCAGGCUAAAGAUUGCCGGGCCGUGUGCGGGUGUGUGGUGGAUUGACAGAUGCUCGUGAACGCGAUGCUGUGGUACAUUCACGCGCGUACGUUCACGCCGUCUGGUGCAGUCAGGGUACAGGGACCCGAGGGUUUGUUGAGGUUGACAAGCGGAAGAUUGUGCAAGAGCCCCGGUUUCGGGGUCCUGAUUGCAUGCUGGCGUGCGAACUGUUAAGAAGCGUCAACGGAAAUGCUGCCAACUCCCACAGGCCCAAAGGCCGGGCCGCCGCGGUUGGGCGGCUUGGGCCGCAAGUCUGUAACACACCCGCGGUGGGGGUAUGCCUGCUGACUACGCGCGCGUGAUAUGACAGGUGAACCGUGAACGAACAGUGGCAAAGUCCGUAAGUCCUGCGCCUCUGCGACGUGCGGGCCGGGCUCUGCUGGGUCCGGGCAACCGGGGAAUGGGGUACCCGGUACCGGUCCCUCGACCUGGCCUGCCGACAGCUGGUCACCUGCCUGCAGGUGCGCUGCGCCUUUGCUUGAGGCGUGGUGUAACGUUACGUGUGU